GAGGAAUACACGCUUAACUGUCUGACUAAGGCCUCAAUAAAUAUAUGUACCUUUGUGCAUGGGCAUGCAAUCGGUGUGAAGACUGAGCGUACUAGAAUUGCCUCAGAGGGAAGGGGGGCAAUAAAAUAAUAAGUACCUAUAUAUAUAUAUAUAUUUUAUGAAUUAUAAAAAUGUUAAUACGAGAGAAAAGGUUUCAAUUCAUGAAAUAGUUGUAGGUAUAGGUUUACAAGGAAUAAAUAAUAAACUUAGCCAGUCAGAAUUAACGACCGCCAUCUUGUCACAAUUGAUAUACUUAAACCAGAUGUUGCCUACAACAGUCCAUAAUGAUAUCCCUGCUCUCGUGUGUAAAUAUUAAUAUUCCAAUAUGUACAUACUUAUUUUCUCAGUACAAAGUUUUAUUGAUUUGGCGCUAUCUUUAAAAUGAACCCACUUGCUAUCGUGGCGCCAUCAUAUUUUUUUACGCUUUACAACAAACACUUCAAUAAGUUAGACCAUAAAUAAUAAUAAAUAAAAAAAUAUUAAUAGAUCAUCAAAUUUUAAGAACUUACGUACGUACUUACGUAUCAGCACAUUUUUUUACAUAUGUCAUAAUUUCUAUAAAAUUCUGGAUAGUUUUUAUUUGUUGUUGAACUGAGCAUAGUGUCCUACGUCAAUUGUCAUGAAAAUAAAUAAUCUACCUACUUACUUUCCGUAAAAAUAACUACUACCUACAAAACACAAUGGAUCACAGCAGGACAAAUAAAUGUUGUGCUGUACCCCUAUGUCAGAGUACUUCGUCACGCACACCACAAAAGAUGUUUAUUCACGUGCCUUUAAAUGUUAAAAGACGAAAUCUAUGGCUGAGACUUGCAAAACGAAAUCCUAAAAAAGUUAUUGGUGAUGCGGAAAUAUACUUUUGUGAAGACCACUUUGACCUCGAAACCGAUAUAUCAAACUAUUUACAGUACAAAAUGGGAUCUACUAAAGAAAUUAAAAUGGUGCCCGGAUGCAUACCUACUAAAUUUAAGUGCCAGAUGAAUCACAAAUUGUCAUCUAAAUCACGAGAUAUACUAGUCACUAAAAAAUUAUUAGAUUUAACUGAAGAGCAGAAAAAGCAGUCGGAGACAACUACAAGUGGCGCACAAACCAUCGCAGAGAUAAAAAGUCCAGAUGUAGGAAGUACCAAUACACGAGAACUCAAAAGUGACUCUGAUAUACAUGAAAAAAUGGACCAAUUCCACAAAGUAUUUUCAUCAGAUAAACCGAAGAGCAAUUAUGUACCGUCUAACAAUCUAUAUGAUCUUUUGAAAAUAGUGCCUGCUACUCCAGUAGCAGUUAGUGAAACACAAAAUGCUGCGUGCAAUUUUACUCCAAAUACUGAUAAAUAUUAUAUACCAAAGAAAAAACCCAGAUUUAAAGUAAGAACUGUAAGGAGUAUAAGAAGAGAAAUGGAACAAGAUGUUUACAGCUAUCUACCAAAAGCCUUAGAAAAUCAAAAGGCUAACUUAUUAAAAAAAAUUAUGGAUGGGUCGUCAAAAGGCGAAACUACUCAUUUGAUGGCCAAAAAAAUUUUUAAUUCUGAUCAACCCAUACUGAGAUCAUCUUGGCAGAUGUUAAUGAAUAUAAAUCCAGAGAACCAUCAACAUUCUAAACAGUUUGUGUUAUGGAAUGGAAAAUGUAUUCAAAUAAGUGGAAGUAAAGGUGGAAGGAAUAAAUUCAUUUGCAAUUACGAUCUGGGAAACCCCAUGUUAAAAAAAAAUUCGGCAAAGAAGAAAAUACUUAAUAAGAAAAAGGGGUUGUUACAAAAUUCGUUAGCCGUUAGAUUUAAGCCGGGACCGUUAAGACGGAAAAAGUAUCUCGAUGACUCCUAUCAAAAAUAUCACGUUGGUAUUACAGAACUAGUAAGUUUACCCAAGCCUGGCUUAGACAUACAACCUUUUUAUGGUAUGACCUUAGAACCAGGAAUUGCUAAAUUUGUAAAUAGUUUACGAGAAGAAAACGGUAAAAUUUGUAGAACAUGGGCGGAAUUUGCAGUAACGAUGUUAGGGUCUAUUAAGAAAUCAAGUGCUGUACAACAUAAUCCGGAUACUACCAUUACCUUCGAUUUAAACUAUAAAUGUAAUCAGCGUAGAAUGUUAAUGCGCCGGGAUAAUCAAGAUAGACAAGGUACACUAAAAGAUCAAAAUGAAAAUCAUUUUGUACCUAGUUAUGUCUCUAAUGAUUCAGUUAUUACAUUAGAUAUUAAACAUAUGUUAGAAGAAAUGUUAGAUUCCGUCGAAAUCAGUCUGGAGCAAGAUAAUAUAUAUACAGGACAAGAUGAGCCUAGAGAAACUGUUUGUGAUGGACCUAUUAAUGUGUAUAGCGCUAAAGAAAAACCCAAAAAAAGAUGUUCUGAACUUGGGAGACUUGACGUAACUGUUAUAAGAUUGCCAGAAGACAAUGGAAUGAAUGAGCUCAAAGUUUGUAAUAAGUCAUUUUGUACUUUGGGAUGUGUGUGUGCAUCAUUAGAAUGUUCAUAUAAUAUAAAAACGCAUUGUGGACUUGCAGGAUGCAUGUUUCAAUGCAUCUGCGACUUUUCUGGUUAUAUGGAUGCAGAUAUUUUAAAAACUGAAUGUUCAGAUUUUUUACCUGGCUUAUUGAAUUUAGAUUCUGAAAUUAAUUUAAAUUUGGCAAAGGAAGAACAGAAAUUUCGACAGACUGUAAUCGUUUCUGGAGAAAAGAGUAUAUUAUUAAAAUCACAAAAAAGAAACUGGAAAGCUUCUAAAAAAUAUGCAGAUUUUUACACAAAUUUAAAUUUAAAAGCGAAUAAGAAAUCGGAGAUGGUAUUGUCAGUUGUAGGCUUAAACCUUAAUUGUCAAAAUAUUGAACCGUGGUGCAUGGUCCACAACCUGUAUAAAUGUUUUUGUAGGGGUAAAUUUACAGAAACUUGUAUUUUCGAGCUUAAUGAAGACAAUCCUCAAAAUAUAAGCAUUGUAGAGGACACACCUAUAAAUACAAAGAAUCUAGGAAUAAACGAUGAUGUUAACAUUAACACUUUAAAAGAUGAAGCUGUAGCUACCGAAACGAAUGCCAAUGUUGAUAAAACUAAUUCAACAACGCUUAUCUCUUCGAUUGAAGGACGAUAUUCGUGCGCUAGAGUAAAAGCAUAUAGAGGAAGAAAGUAUAGUAAUGGGUAUUAUAAAAAUACUAACUUCAAAAUAAAGAAAAUGGAGAAAAAUGAUGCAAAAUUAAAGAAGAGAUUGAUGUUUAUACUAAAUAAGUAUGCGAUAGAGAAUAAAGCUAACUUGCAGAAACAUGUUAUUGCUGACUCAGCCACAUUGCUUGACGUAGAAAAUAGCACAUGUGAUAAAACGACACUACGCAGCCAAGUAGCUCCCCAAGGUGAGCGUAUAGAUAAAUCAAAACUGGUGGCAUGGCUUGAGUCUAGCUAUAAGCUAUAUAAACAACGUAUGGAUCAAGGUAUUGUAAAAACAAGUUUAGAACCACCGAUAUCUGGAAAACUUGCCUUAUACACAUGGGAAUUCAUUCUAAAAAGGUAUAAACAAAGAAAAAACUUUUUUAUGGUGAAUAAACAGGCCCCAUUUAGAAUAUUUAUUGCAGUGGACGGAAAAAGCAGUUUUUUUGAAAAUUGUAUUAAUAUUAAUAAUAUUGAAUUGGCUGAUCUACAUAAAUUUCCAGUUACCGUCAAGAAUCUUCUAACUAAUGCGUGUGAUUCACAAGAAGAUUUUUGUAUAUUAUGUGGAUGGAAUGAAUGUUGGGAAAUAAUAGGUUCAGUUUCAAAACUGAACGACAAAUGUGAAACCAGCAUGGUUAAUGAGAACGUUUUUACUUCAAAUGACUUCUUUCCUGACAAAACAAUGUUGAUGGAAGUAGAUGACAUAAAUAAACAAAAUGAAUCAUUAAUAAAUUCUCAAAGCACCGUAAACUUAAAACGCGAGUCAAAUUCUGAGUCAUCUAAAUGGUUUGUUAUGACUGUAGAAAACGAUUUUAACGAAAUACAAUUUCAUACAAGAGGUUUUUUUGUUACAUACAGCAGCAUAAUAAAAGCAAUAAAUGUUGCCCGAGGAACUGGUAAAACAGUGAGAUUAUCUUCUCAGAAAUGCGCUGGGAAAGGAAAUGAUCCCCAAUUUGGUAUAUAUGCUAUACCUGACUCUAAGGAAUACUGUGUUUUUGUCGGACCUUAUGAAAUGCAUGAACCUUUAGGCAUUGAAACUGUCAUGAAUUCAUUGUAUUUCAAAAAAGACAAAAAAACACGUGGCGUAUGGAUUACAACAGACAAAGUUGAUAACGGGAAAGUUAUUGAUAAUCCACUUUCGUAUAUGCCAUUUUCUCACAUGGAAAGUAGUGCUGUGGUCAAUUUAGAUACAAACGAAUCAAAUACGGAAGGUAGUACAUAUAUAGAAUAUCCCGACUGUUCAUUGAUUCAAACAAAUUUACACCAAAAUGAGACUAGUAGCGAAGAUUCCGAUGUCACAAAAACACCAACAAAAUGCCUGAAACCUAUAAAAAUUCGUAAAACCCAAGAUUUCUAUCAUAUUGCUUCAAAUGGUGCUUUGAAAAAAAUAUUUUAUAAAACUUCUAAGAAACAAGAACCAACCGUCCCUCCCUCUUUUCUGUCGUCAAAGGAUGGACAUAAAAGUGAUAUAAUAAAUUCGUCAAAUUCAGAUAAUAACGAGGGGGAUAACGUUGAGGAGAAAUCAAGUGACAUGUCUUCUGGUCAAACUAGUAUUGAAUUACUAAGUAACAAAAAAUCUGGGGCUGAAAUGAUGUCUCAAGUCAAAAUAACUGCCGUAUAUUCUCGAAGAAAAAUUGAAAUAGAAUCAAAAAAACCAGAGAAAGGAAUGUUUAUUUUGAAACCUGAAGAAAUUAACCAAAAAAUAUUAAAUAAAACAUUCGAUCAAGCACAGUUGGUUACUUCAGUGACUGACAAAUCGGAAAAUAAUGAUUUUAUUGAUAUGGACAUUGAAAAUUUCUUAAGUCAUUCUGUGGUUUGUAAGUCUCCAGUGCCUGAAGUAUUAGAGAUUUCAGAUAACUCUGAUGACGAAAAUGAGAACCAAUUGAAUAAAAAAAUGUGUAAAGAAGUUUGGAUACAAUGCACAAAUAUAGAUAAUUUUGGUUGGAUUAAAGGACAAAAGAAUAAUCAAAAUUUGUUAAGCUUUGAAUUCCCUGGUUUUCAACCUACGGAUUUUUAUGAAACACAAGAAGCAAUUUUAAAAAUUAAUCAAGUAUUAUCAAGAAAGAUUUACAUCUCUAAGAAUUUGACCCUUGAAUGGGAAAUCAUUGACAGUGAAAGUAAACUGAAAAAUAAAGACAUGUUACGUGCAGAACAAUUGGGACCCGAUUUUGUUUUAACUAAGCAAGGAAUACGACAUAAACUAGAUUUGAUAAGGAAGAAUUCCUUGAACUUAAAAAUCAAUGUAAAACCGGACCCUAAAAAUUCCAUAAAGACUGAAACAAUUACAUCGACGUGUACUACUUCAACGAGCAAGAGUACUUAUUUAAGCGGAUUAGAGGAGCAAAGCGUCACAUUAGAAAACGAAAAUAAAAUGCUUUGGAAUAAGACAUUAUCUAAUAAAACGCAAAUAUUACAGUCCUUAUCGACUGCAUCUGAAGAAACUAAACAGCAUAUGGCCAAUAAAUUGAAGACCAUAAUGUCGAUGAGUGAUUAAUAGCGUUACUCUUACUGUUAAACAAGUAACAAGUAGGUAUCCUUAUUCUUAAUUAAUUUUAAGUAUUCUUAGUAACUAUUGAAACAAUAUUUUUCGUAAGUUUCUUCUGUAUAUAUAAAACAAGCUGUGAUACUUAUUUGUAAACAAUACGAACUUCAACGCUAUCGUUGUAGUAUUACUUAGUUUAUGUGUAUAAUAAAUACAAAGUUAUGACUGAUUUUGUAAUUGUUUCAUUAUAGUGGUUUAGCUGAUCCGUAAA